AUGGCGUCCUCCUCCAUCGCAUCCGCUACACUGAUGCGCUAUGAUAACAUUGAGCUAGAGAAGUGGGACAAUUCAAAUCAUGUCGCCUUUCUUGUUAUGAAAACUUCAAUCUCCCCUGAUAUCAUCGGGGCUCUCCCCGACAAGAGCACUGCUAAAGAAUUUCUUAAAGCAGUUGAAGAACAAUUCAAAAGUUCAGAAAAAGUAUAUUCUCGAGAGCUUCUUGGCAAGCUUCUUGAGAAGUAUGUGAUUGAAAGAAAUGUAAGAGGCCAUACCUUGAGGAUGGUGAAUGCAACUUCAAAACUUAAGGCUUUGGAGUUUGUCCUUAAUGAAAAUAUCAUAAUCUUCUUGAUAUUAGAGUCUCUCCCUCCAGAAUCUGAUCAGUUCAAGAUCAAUUACAAUUCCCUGAAAGAAAAAUGGUCGCUCACGGAGAUGACUCCUCGAGUUGUUGAGGAAGAACAGAGGAUCAUGAAACAGGCAAAGGACCAGGCUUUUCAUGUUGGCUCUUCCAAGAGAAAGCAUGACGGCCAGGCAUCUUCCUCAAAGGCCCAAAAGAAGAAAUUCAUCCAAAAUGAUACUAAGCUGCUCCAAAGGGCAAGGGCCAUGCUGCCAGCACCUCUGCUGGAGAAGUGA